UGGCGUUGGGAGGACCGCUGGCCGGUGCUCCUCAGCGGCCCCUGGCGUUGGGAGGACCGCUGGCCGGUGCUCUCCAGUGCUCCCCCACCGGCCGGGAAGACCGGACGCGGAGCGCUGGCUGGAGGUGAGGCGGUUCUGUGGUUGCUGAGGAGCUGCAGGUUCCUGUUACUCCCGGCAUUUGGGGGCCUGAAGCUCGCCGACCGGUGACAGCGACCGCAGGCCGCAUUCGGGCUGCCCGCGGAAUCAGCAGCGGCGUCGGCGGAGCCCCGCGGGGAAGCGGCGGGAGAAGCGGAGCGACAUGACGGAGCUGAGGCGCCGGGCCCGCGAUGACUCGCAGGAUCCGCUGACCGAGCUGGAAACAGAAUCGGUGACAACUGGUAACGAGGUGAAAACUGAAUCAGGGAACUUGGAUGUUCCCCCUUCUGUUGAUAACACUCCAGAGGUGCUGAACAAGGCUCUAUCAGGACUGUCUUCGAGAUGGAAGAAUUGGUGGGUAAGAGGAAUCCUGACGCUGGCCAUGAUUGCGUUCUUUUUCAUCAUCAUCUACCUAGGACCCAUGGUUUUGAUGAUGAUUGUUUUGUGUGUACAGAUCAAAUGCUUUCAUGAGAUUAUUCUCAUUGGUUACAACGUUUAUCAUUCCUACCAUCUGCCAUGGUUCCGGACUCUUAGCUGGUAUUUCCUACUAUGUGCAAAUUACUUCUUCUAUGGAGAGACGGUAACAGACACAUUCUUUGCACUGGUUCAGAGGGAGGAGCCUCUCCGGAUCCUGAGCAAAUACCAUCGCUUCAUUUCCUUUGCUCUUUACUUGGCAGGAUUCUGCAUGUUUGUCCUGAGUCUUGUGAAGAAGCAUUACCGACUGCAGUUCUACAUGUUCGGAUGGACCCAUGUGACGCUGCUAAUUGUAGUGACUCAGUCCCAUCUCAUUAUCCACAACCUCUUUGAUGGAAUGAUUUGGUUCAUUGUGCCUAUUUCUUGUGUGAUCUGCAAUGAUAUCAUGGCUUACAUGUUUGGAUUCUUCUUUGGCCGAACCCCACUCAUCAAGCUGUCCCCCAAGAAGACCUGGGAAGGAUUUAUUGGAGGAUUCUUUUCAACAGUCUUGUUUGGCCUUGUGCUGUCCUACGUGAUGUCAGGAUACAAAUUUGUUUGCCCUGUUGAGUUCAACAAUGAGGCAAACAGUUUCACGGUGGAGUGUGAACCAUCGGAGCUGUUCCUGCUGCAAGAUUACACAAUCCCUGGUGUUCUUCAGUCCAUUAUAGGCUGGCGGACUAUCCGAAUGUAUCCCUUCCAGAUUCACAGCAUUGCCCUUUCUACUUUUGCAUCACUAAUCAGUCCAUUUGGAGGAUUCUUCGCCAGCGGCUUCAAGAGAGCAUUCAAGAUCAAGGAUUUUGCUGACACUAUCCCUGGACAUGGUGGGAUUAUGGACCGCUUUGAUUGUCAGUAUCUCAUGGCAACCUUUGUCAAUGUCUACAUUGCCAGCUUCAUAAGGGGCCCGAAUCCCAGUAAACUACUGCAGCAAUUGCUGGCUCUCCGCUUGGACCAGCAGCUACAGAUAUACAAGAACCUGAAAGCCAAUCUGAUCCAGAAAGGCAUGCUGCCUGCUGGGGCAUAGGACUGGGGGAUUCAGUGAAGUGGUUGCAGUGAAAAGCUUCAGGAAAGAGUCCAGCCAGUGACCUUUCUCUCAAACUCAGUGCGUCCAAACUAUCCUAACAUGAAUUUCCAUAUGUAACUGAGUGGUCCAGACUCCUUCAGAUGCCAAGCAAAGCAUUCUUUAUUCGCACACUGGUUGAUGGAAUUAAUAAGAAGCAAUAUGUUUAAUCAUGGGCCCUUAGCUCAUCAGUAGAAGGUGUAAUGCUGUAGUGGCCACUGAUGUGCCUAGCCCAUGAUUAACCAUUAAAGUAACACAGAGGUUUUAUUUUUGUUUUAAAUGACUUCCCAUUGUUGUCUGCAGUGAGAGAUUGGGAGGCUAACUCUGAACUCUGUAUAAGUCAUGGGUUUUAGUCCAGUUGAAUCCCAAUGCAAGCCUGUUCUACACCAGUGCAGGAGUCUCAUGUUAAAAGUCCAACUGAUUUUCCAUGGUUUAUUUGUUCCUCAGCUCAAAUGUAUGCUUUAGGGUGGAGUAGAUGUAGUAUUUGGUCUAGCUUUGACCAUGUAGUUUGUGAAGAACCUGCUGUUUUACAUUUGCAUUCAUAGGGCUUCUUGAGCCAGCUGAAGGAGCUUAGAAUAUGACGUUAACACUGGCUGUAUUUUAGGAAAUAGAGGAGUCUAGUAGAAAAAGAAAUAAGUAGCAUUUGCACGCAGGAGAGCUUGCAGUGGUUAUCAAAGUCAGAUUUAGGGGAGGAACAAUGUGCCCUAGAUACAUGUCAUUUAUUGCAACUUAUUCAACUUGCAACUUAAAUGGUAUUGUAACACUGCGUAAGACUUUGCCUUUCUUUUGAAAUGGGUGGUGUGGUACUUUUGAGACUAGCAUCUCCAUUUAACAGAACCUGGUGUCCCUAUCACUUAGAAAGGAAAAUCUUAGCUUUUACAAAUGUAUUUAAUCUAAAAAAAAUAUGUGCACUCAAGUAUUAUUUAGAUAAUAACCUGUAAUCUUAUCUGUUUUAUGUGAGGUCAUUCAAUUGCAUUGUGAUUUCAAGCCACUUCACGUCAAUGAUUUAUAUUGGGAGUGUAAUUUCAAGGAAUGCAGAUGACCUCUGGUGUCUCAACCAGGUGGCUGCUCUUUGAAUAAAUGGCAUCUGCAACCUAUUCAGUUACAUGGGGAAUCACUAUGAAGCCUGCUUUUUUUGUUGUCCUCCUCUUUCCAUUCCUCAUCCCCUCCUCCAGCCCUCACCUCACCUCCCCAAGUGUUCACUCAGACAUACUGGGUAACAAACAAAUGGCCCAGCAGAUUUACCGUUCUCCCAGCUAAUUGAAAGCGGGAUUAAUCAUAUUGUCUCUGUCAAUCAACCUAGUCAGAUCAGUGGAGGCAGCUUGUAUCUGUGCUGGGGAUGGGGUGAUGAUGGAAAUGAGGCCGGGCUGCAUGAGUGCGAACCAGGCCAGCUACUGUUUGCUAAUACUCAUGACAGCAAAAGGUAACGGUGGGGAGGGCGUGAAGGUCAUUUCUCAGGAGCAUCUUAAGGACUGUAUAGUGCCAAAAGACUGCUACUGUCAUUAGGUUCUAAUGUGGAAAAUCUCACUUAGUGACUAGGACUGUGGCUUAGAAUGUUACUCAUCGACUCUAGUAUAAAACCUGAGGGAUAGAAGAAUGCUCAAUAAUUCAGGGAAAAUGUGCAAAUGAUUAUUUCAUCAAUAUUUCCAACAAAACUUAAGAGUUGAAUGUUUUCCUAACCUAAGUAUUAUUCUUCAGUUAUCUGCCCUGCUAGUGUUCACAUUUAAUUCCCUGCUCAAGAUUUAAAGUACCCCUAACGUUUGUCAAUAGCUAAUGGUCGGUAUCACCCAUAGGGUCACUGGAAUGAUUAGUAGUUGAUGCUAUAAAAAUUUUACAGAUAGCUGUUGUGUUGACAAUCCUUAUGUAAACAGUGGAGAGGAUACAUCUCUAUGAUUAAGUAUAGGUACCUUAAGAGUGAACAUUGACCUGCUGUGAAAUCUUCUUCAUUACACAGUUCAUUCUCUGUACUAUGUUUAGUUGGUAGAGAAGGGAGACCAUACUGUGCCACUAAUUACCAUCUUCUACUUGUUUUAUCUUCACUCUUUUUAGCCUUCAUUCCAGCAUUAUUAUUAGUUGUCCUGCUGCACUGUUUGCUGGGCAUGGAAGGGGAGAGAGAGAGAGAGAGAGAGAGAAAAGGAAUGUGUGUAGAAAAGUACUAUGAAUCACUGAGUGCAGCUGUCAAAGACCCCCAGAUACUGCACCAGAGGCACGAUGUGCCAUCAAGGUUUCUUCCUCUGCUGCAGGACAAAGUGAGAUAGCUUUCUGCCAAGAGUGGAUUUGGUAGAGACAAUAUAUAAUGACAGGACAAGAAUGAAAAGAACUCAGGAAUUGUCUCAGUCUGGUGUGUUGUUACUGAGAAGCUUUUUUAAACUCAUUUGAGAAAUUUCAUAGGGAAAGAUAGCCACUAACUUCAUUCAUUUGGAGAUGUCCAACUUUGAAAUUGAUGCACUUGGAAUUGAAGAAGUUACUUUGGGUUGUUAUAACGGUGAUGGCAUGGAGUGUGGCAGUGAAAAGAGGUGACUAAUUACUGGCUGAGCCUCACAAAAGCAGAGGCUUUGCUUCUCAGGUUUCUUAAAGGCCAGCAGCGCAGACCAUUCAUUUGUGGAAUUAAGAAAUACUGAAGCAGGGUUCAUCCUCAGUAUGUCUUUAAACCACAUUAACAGAGCUAUCUAUGUCACUGCAGUUUCAUUAUCUUGAAGUUAGGUGCCUGGCUAAGGAAGGAAUGAUGAAUUGGUCUUCAGAGUGACCAACUGCCUUUCUAGUUCUCAAACUCUCUUUUCAAUCUAUUCUGAUUUAUGUAACUGACCAAGGUUAGUUUGGCCUAAUUUAAUUUAAUUCAAUUCAGCAUCUUUGUGACAAUUUCAAGCAGGGCUAGUAAAGAUUAUAAAUGUUCAGAAAGUUCUGUAAGAGACGCUGGCAAACAUUCAAGUGGGAGAAACUUUUACAAAGCAUAAUUGGCCCGUUGUACUCACCUUUCAGUGUUUGGGUCUAUUGACUUCAACGUGUGGAGGUGAGUAUAAGUGACUGCCUGUAUUCUCAGUCACCUAUUUCUUGCUGCCAGCCAAAGACAAAUGUCUUCCCCACAACUCCCCACCCUCAUUCCACGUUCUAAAAAUCCUCAGAUAGUAGAAAGUGUCAAAUAAAAUUCUUGAGAUCGCCAACCUGGAGAUUUCUCAGUGUUCCUUGGCAUUUGUACACUGAAGCCAAUUCUCAUCACUACACGGGAGAGGCGUCAAGGAAUAGGAGCAGUCUUGGUUAAUAUAUCAGCAUUGCCUGUGCUGAUCUGAUGAGCAUUAUACAAAUUCUCUGCCAUGUUUUCUCCUUACCAACUUGAAUAAAUAAUUUCAUCUGUGCCGCACUGUACAGCCCCACAUGUUGCAACAACCUUUCAUGUUUCACUAUAGGCCUAUGAAGGUAACAGUAAAGUAUCUGUAAUACACAAAUUUAUUCAGCAUAAAAUUUUGAUAGUUCGGGUUACUUUUGUAUACUGUGAAUUAAUAAUGUUUCUACUGUUUACUUUUCUGAUUGUUUGAAUAUUGCCAGACAGUACACGGUUUUGCAAAGGUUUGUAUUUAAUUUAAUUACAUAAGCCUGUGAAGUAGUGACACCUAUUAAAAUUAGUAUUUAAAACAGCUGAGAAAGAAUCUAUUUUUUAACAGAAAAAGUCAGCUGAAAAAUCAGUGAUGCACAAAGUAAUUCAACUUUUUAAUCAGCUUGAUGAAGGACAUUUAUUACAAAUGUUAUCUGUUCUGUUACGAAAAGUGCAUCUCUUUGAAACAUAUUCCCAUAAGUCUUUGUUGAAUCAGACUAUUAUAUGCCACAGCUCUGCAACAAUAUACAUGUUUGCACUGGGUAUUUAGAAUAUUGAAAUUCGGAAAAAGUGUAUUUGGGACAUGAUUCCAACUCCGACCGAAUAAUGUUCUGAAAACCAGUCUGUGGCUGUUACCUUGCAGGAGUAGCAGUUUGAACAGCAUCAAUGAACAUGUGCAAAUGAGCAAGUGUUAAAGGUGCCUCUCAAAGAUGGGCUGUCAUUUUAGGAUGUGUUGUAUUAAAAUGACACCCAAAGCUUCUGAGAUAAUGAUAAUCCCUUUAACAUAUUAAAAGUUUUCUCCUGAAAGGUGUCCCAGUUUUAUUGAGGGAUCUGAGUUCGUUCUAAGGGAGUAUAUUUUGUGCCAAAGUAUCCUUUAGUCUUGAAUAAUAGUGCACAAAUACUUAAUACCAUUACAUGAAAUUGCUGUCCCCAGCGUAAACUAAACAUUUAAUGCCUUGGUAGGAUAGCUGAGUAGAUUUUUGGAACUUUUUUUUACAUUGGAAAAGCCUAAAUUCAAAACACUGCAUCAGAAACACUGAAAAAUGGAAAUUGGGAGAGAUUUGGUUGAAAGCUUCAUUAUGGGGUUGCAGAGGUAUGAGACCUUGAUAGUUGCUGUUUCUCUGAGCCUUGUGCAGGGGUUAUCCAAGGAGAAGGGGGCAUUAAGUGCUCUUGCUGUGACUGCCAUGGAGGGAUAUGCAAGUGAGUUGUGUAGGGGAUAUGCACAAGCUUAUACAUGGACCUGCAGUAAAUAUAAUAGUUGAUGUGCAUUUCAGUGCAACAUCUGAAACUCUUCCUCACUGCAACUUGUGGUACCUGCAGAAGAGGCCCUGUGCCUCGCAGAAAUGCUAUUUCUAGCCCCUCCCCACCUCAAGGUAUUAGAGAUGCUAAUGAGACUCAGAAAGCAGUCACAAAUGUUUUUUUAAUUCACAGGGGAUAUUUCCAAAAAUAAAAUUAAAUCUAUGAAGGUGUUGGGUGUGAGGAUGCUUUCAAGAACCAUAUUAAUUGAAAUUUUUGUCAUGCAAGGUGUCUUUUGUGGAAGUUCUGAGACGUUUUUAUUCUUUAAACAAUGUCCACGCACUGUUGUACAAAAUCAUUAGAUUAAAACCUCGUGAGUAAGUGCUGUGUCUGACCUCAGAGGUUCAACUUUCUGCUCCUUGCCUGGAUUUAGUAGCACAAAGUACAGCCAGACCCAACUCCUAUUUUUACACUCUGGGGAUGUAUGGGUACUUAAUUUUUUAGACAUCUAAAAUCUGGGUCUGCUGGUUGAUAUAGUUUUAAAGUUAGUGCAGAAACCAAUUAUUGCAUUUUGCAAUAUUUUAAAAUAAAUGUUAACGUGCUGUAAUAGCUCAAAAUAUGUUAACCAAUGUGACUUAAAAAAAAUACAAAAUGACAUUUUGUUAUGUCUGAGGACCUGAGACCUUGUUUGCAGCAGUCGAAAGUCGUGUAUAAAGCUAAUGCAUAGAGAGAUAGAAGGGGCAACACGCAGGGGAAAUAGUAACAGAGCUCUGGAAUAAUAUGAAGUGCCUUCUAAUGCAUUAUUGAGGGAAAUAUUGCUUUAUUUUUGAUCCAGGCCUGAGAGUGCAUAUACUGAAUAGAUUUCCUAGUUCUGACUCCCAAGCAUGCGUAGGUUAGAAUUAAAGCCUGUUCCAAAACAAGCUGGAAUGCUUUGAGCUGAGACCCAAAUAAAAAUGCUGAUGCAGAUUUUUCUUCCAGCUUGAAUAUUUCCUGAGGAUAUUUUUUGGAUGUGAUUUCUCUUAUUUAAAAUAGUUGCUUUAUCUGCUGAGGCGGAUGCCUCUGGAUUCAAGUGUGCCUCUCCAGCUGACAUCAAUUAAGUGAAAAGCCGUACUCUUUGCUGCCUCCUGCUGGAAGAACUACAUUUUGCCAUGGCACAGUUGAGAAUUGAACCAAAUAGGAUUCUAGUUUGUAUUAUGGCAUUUCACAUUACUGGAUGCUAAACUGUGUGCCAUCAAAAACAUUGAAUUCAACAAAUUUUGUCAAAUUAGAAAAUUUUAAUUUUUUAUUAAAAAAAAUCAAAGAAUUCUCAAGCUUUAAACACCUGCAUUAAUCAAAUAGAUAAUUAUAAUAAAUUCAUUGUCGGAAUGCCUUGAUUGAUGCUAAGAUGCCAAAAUAGACCAUCUAUCAUGUACAAUUUGCACUCUAUUUUCCACACAGUGAAGUCAAUGGCCCAAGUACAAAACAUGUGCAGAGCAUAAGGUUGUGUGUUACAAGAGCUGCCAUAUAAAUAGAAACCUGAGAGAGGAGUUUUGUAGACUGAUAGAGAUGUAUGGAGUGCCAAAAACUGGGUGAAGUACAAAUGCUGUAGAGGUCAGAGCAGGUGAAUGAUCUUCAUAGAAUGUGUUAUUCCACUUAAGAUGACUGAUUUAUUUUCACCUAUCAAGGCACUAAAGCUGAAUUUCUAAUAUGAAAUGCGAGCUUAUACACUUGCCCAAGAGAACCUCAUUCAGAAAUGUAACAGUUCUGCAUAUUUAAUGAAUUAAAAUGAAGGAAGCUGCAAUAAUGUUGAAGCCUCUUGAAGGCUAGACACAGCAUUUCUUUUGGAUUAGAUUACAGCACAGACUAAUGCACACACUUAUUUAGGUAAUGUGGUUGAGUAAGUUGCUUAUUUUAUUAAUGCUAUAUGUCUAUCUGUGUGAAAUAUAAAACAUUCAGUUCAAGUGAAACCUACCAUGUGUUACUGUACAUGUCUGUAUUUGUAUUGAACAUUUCAACUUGUGUGUUUGUGUGUAUGUGCAUGUGCAUAUAUAGUGUACACAGGGAUGCGCUAACACACGUAUGUGUAUAUUUGAUGGUGUUAAAGUCUACACAUUAUUUACACAUUAUUUAUAUAUGUUCCAAAUAAAAAGAAACUUAU